AUGGCAGCGGCAGCGGUGCUCCGAUCGUCGGAUCUGCUUGCGACCAUUGUCGGCUACCAAGAAGGCCUGCCGGAAGCGCUCGCCGAGGUCCAGUGGAUCGCAGAUGCCAUCGAUCUCACGCCCAGUGUCACCAGCUACCGCACGAUACCGACAACGGGGCAUCUCUCCACCCUCCCGAUGCGGUUUGCAGCGCUGCCGUACCUCCAGCGGUACCCCGCCGCCACGACCAAGCUCUCCAACCAUGUGCUCUUUGUGUCGCCGAUCAAGGUCGAUUCGGCCUUGGCGCUGCACCUCUCGGUCGUCGAAGGCAAUAUGGCGAUCAUCGAGCAGUGGCUUCGACACAAGCCAGCGCUCGUCACAUCAGGCACGCUCGAGCUCGCGGCGGCGUCGUCCCAAAGCGCGAUUCUGCGUCUGCUUCUUGCGCGGUAUCCCGAGCUCGUGACGGCCAAGAUGAUGGACCUUGUGGCGAUGUCGGGCGACCUCUCACUCUUGCGUUCACUGCACGAGGCCGGCGCGAUCUGCACCACGGACGCGAUGGACGGUGCGGCCAUGAACGGGCACUUGGACGUCGUCGUCUUUCUACAUGAAGCGAGAUUCGAAGGCUGCACGAUCAUUGCGCCCACGGCCGCUGUCGCCAACGGCCACGCACCCAUUUUUCGCUAUCUCCUCGAACACUGCGUCGGACGGGUGACACCGUCGCUCUUCUACCGUGUGCCACACGUCGAGAUCAAGACACACUGCGUUGUUGGCACGUCGCACCUUGAGGCAAUCGUUCUCGCCUCGUCCAAGGUUUUCCUUUCCGAGUCAGCGCUACUGCCUGCGGUACGUUCGCUGGCCGCUCUCGAGACGUUGCACGCAAUCGGGUACUGGCCUGCAAUGACAACCAAGGUGCUCCACGCGGCCAUCGCCAGUCGUGACCCGGCCAUGAUCCGCUUUGUCCUGGACCACACCGCGCUCGAAGCUGCGCCGCCCCAGGACACCAUGUCUGCGACGACCGACGCGUGGUUCGUCUUCCCGGCUCUCGACGUGGCCGCAACGACGCACCCGGCACUGCACGACGACGGUGCCACCAUGGCCGUCGCCGCCUUCUACGGUGAUCUCGACACGAUGCAGCGCCUGCACGGAAGCCAUUUGGGCCAUGUGACGGUCCAGGCGCUCGAGUACGCGGCCUUGAACGGUCAUCUGCAUGUCGUCCACUGGCUGUCUCGCUUCCGGAACGAUGGCGUCACGAGCGAUGCACUCGCGUUGGCGUGUGCGCACGGCCAUCUCGAUGUCACGCGGUAUCUUUGCGAGGUGUGCCUCGUGCCAGUGUCACAGACGGCACUGGCCACGGCCGCCCACACGGGCCAUCGCCGCCUGGUCCGGUACCUCCUCUUGGGCAAUGACCAAGAGGAUGAUGCAGACGAUGCUACGUACGACACGAACGAAUGCAUCUACGACCAUCUGCUGGGCUGUUUCCGGAGCACUUACGUUCGAACGCGUCCGGUCGAUGCCGCUGCGAGCCAAGGCCAUCUGGCGAUCCUGGAGCUGCUCGUUGACCAUGGUGCUGACGUGACGACGACGACGAUGGACGCGGCGGUCACGCAUGGGCAUGCCGAUAUUGUGCGCUACCUCGUCGCGGAGCACGGUCAAGGCUGCACGGUGCACCACCUCUGCACGGCGUUGCAAGCUCGCCGCGUGGAUCUUGCAUCGUAUAUGCUGUCGCACAUGCAGAUUGAAGCCGACGGCGACGACCUUCAGCGGCUUUUUGUGUGCACCGCGAGGGGCGGAAGUGUCGCGUUCCUCCGUCAGCUGCGCACCGUCGUUUCCGCCGUCGCUCGGCCGCGAACGCAGGAGCUCAUGCUGGUGCACGCCGUGCUGCAAAGGCACAUGCACAUGCUGAUGCACUUGUGCGAAGCCCACGGCUUCAAAUGGACGCCAAACGUCCAUGACGUUGCUACGCUGCUCGGUCGGAAGAAGGUGCUCAAGUACUUGGAGACGUUGGGGCAGGCCGCCGCCGAGUCGGUGGUCACCUUUGGGCCGGUCGUCGGCAUCACCGGGUACGAAACAACAGUCAUAUAAGCAAGACCACAUUGUCUCUGGCGCAGCAGACUGGCAGUGAGUUGGUUUGUUGGCAUGAAUGUAUCAAUGUAUCAAAAUAUCCAUGCUAUCGGUGUGAACGGC